CGCUGUUUGCAAGUUUUUAGUUUAGUUUGGUUCUCCUUUGUUGUAAGGACAGCGAUCGCGCCUGUGCCGGUAGUUGGUUUCUAUUUGAAGCGUCAUCAGAGCUCGAGUUUGGAACUCCUGCCGCCGUCAGAGGACGCUCAUGUGACUGUGGGUCACAUGAUUCAGAGUGACGCUGUGGUGGACGGUCAGCUGGAUACACCGAGCAGCGUCUAGAUAUUUGGGAUUGAAGCUCCUGAACAACUCAGCAGGAUGGACAUCCGCGGGGCCGUGGACGCCGCUGUCCCCACCAACAUCAUCGCUGCCAAGGCAGCUGAGGUCCGAACCAACCCGGUCAACUGGCAGUCCUACCUGCAGAGUCAGAUGAUCUCAGCUGAGGACUGUGAGUUCAUCAAGAAGUUUGAGUUUGCCAACUCUGAUGACAAGCAGCUCAUUCUGUCCAAGGAAGGACACCAGUGUGCAAAGACGUUUCUGAACCUGAUGGCCCACAUUUCCAAGGAGCAGACGGUCCAAUACAUCCUGACUCUCAUCGAUGAUACACUGCAGGAGAACCAUCAAAGGGUGAUCAUCUUCUUUGACUACGCCAAGAAGACGAGGAACACGGCCUGGUCCUACUUCCUGCCCAUGCUGAAUCGCCAGGACCUCUUCACUGUCCACAUGGCUGCGAGGAUCAUUGCCAAGUUGGCCGCCUGGGGCCGCGAUCUGAUGGAGGGAAGUGAUCUCAACUACUACUUCAACUGGAUAAAAAGCCAGCUCAGCUCGCAGAACCUUCAUGGUACAGGUCACGAAACGGUCACAGGAGCUGGAACUAUUUCUCCCAGUGAAAGCUCCCAGUACGUCCAGUGUGUGGCCGGCUGCCUUCAGUUGAUGCUGAGGGUCAACGAGUAUCGCUUUGCCUGGGUGGAGGCGGACGGCGUGAACUGUAUCACUGCCGUGCUGAGCAACAAGUGCGGCUUCCAGCUGCAGUACCAGAUGAUCUUCUGCGUUUGGCUCCUGGCCUUCAGCCCUCAGCUCUGUGAGCAGCUACGGCGCUACAAUGUGGUGCCCGCCCUCUCUGACAUUCUCCAGGAGUCGGUGAAGGAGAAGGUCACGCGGAUCAUUCUGGCCGCGUUCAGGAAUCUCCUGGAGAAGUCAGCGGAGAGGGAGACUCGGCAGGAGUACGCUCUGGCCAUGAUCCAGUGCAAGGUGCUGAAGCAGCUGGAGAACCUGGAGCAGCAGAAGUACGACGACGAGGACAUCACCGAGGACAUCAAGUUCCUGCUGGAGAGACUCGGCGAGAGCGUGCAGGAUCUCAGCUCCUUUGACGAGUACAGCUCGGAGCUGAAGUCCGGACGCCUGGAGUGGAGUCCGGUGCACAAGUCAGAGAAGUUCUGGCGGGAGAACGCCGUCCGACUGAACGAGAAGAACUACGAGCUCCUCAAGAUUUUAACUCGCCUCCUAGAAGUUUCGGAUGAUCCUCAAGUCAUCGCAGUGGCGGCGCACGAUGUUGGAGAGUAUGUGCGCCACUAUCCACGAGGAAAACGGGUGAUCGAGCAGCUCGGUGGGAAACAGUUGGUGAUGAACCACAUGCACCACGAGGACCAGCUGGUCCGUUACAACGCGCUGCUGGCCGUGCAGAAGCUCAUGGUCCACAACUGGGAGUACCUGGGGCGACAGCUGCAGUCCACUGACCAGCAGCAGGCCCCGGCCGUGGCCGCCCGGAGCUGAGCCCCUCCCCCUCCCUCCGGCGUCACCCGCUGUCGAAUUCCUGAGCGGAAAGUGAAACCUCCUGCCCUUCUGCCCUGUCGACUGAUUCCAGCUCUGUGUUGUUGGUGUUGUGUGGUGUCUGUGAGAUAUGUACAAAAAAAAACCCUGGUUAUUUAUGUCUGGUCUGUGAAACGCACAUGUGACCUAAUAAAGAUGCUUCUCUAUGGUGUCGGGACUCGAUCUGCUGAUGUGUGGGUGAGAGCCGCGCUGCGUCCCAGAUGGGUGUUUUGGGCUUUAAAUUGAUCCCUGAAGAGAGAAGUGAUCAGCCACAUCAGAGGGAAACAAACGUCCACUCAUCUGCACCGAGGACUCGCUGGACAAGCACUGGACAUGGAGGAAAGUACUCGGCACCAGACGCCUCAGCCAGGCCCCACCGUGGAGAACAAGCAUAAACUGCAGUUGAGCUGGAGGCAAGGACACGUCCUGUUUCACAGAAGAAUGAAAGGAAAUGACUUCGCUUCUCUGUGAGAAAACACAAAAGCAAUGGUCAAUAGGAAACAUGACAGAGAGUGAUGGAUGCAGCUGAGCUCAACCAUUCUGCUUCAGUGAAGACAGUGAAUCAAUGUAUUUAACACAGCGAAUGAGAAAACAUCAGAUCCGUCUCUACACUGAAAAAGAGCCAAGACUCAGUGCAGUAGACAAACAGUACUGUUACUCGACUCAGCAACGGCAACACAACAAAAGAAUGAGUGAAUAUAAGCUCGAAACAUGAAUCACAGAAAUGAAGCGACACAACUUGUGACAUCCACCACUCGCUGACACCUGAGUGACACAUCCGACUGAAGAAAUUGUUAGCAAUGAAACACUUCCAUUUUCCCGCUGACCUGGCAACAGGGAAUAUCACGCACGUGAUGGUUGUUUUUCCUCUGGUGUCCGACGUCACCGACGCGGCCGUGAAGCGGCAGCACUGCGCGUGCGGGAUGAGCAGCGUGUGACAAAAGUCUCCACAAAGGAGCAGAGCCGUGAGUCACACUGGCAGCGAGCAGCGCCGCCGUCUCUGUGCUCGGAAUCCACAACACCGUGUUUGUCCUCACGAGUCCCAUGUUCGACCCACAAAACCCGCCGAGGCCGUCCAUCAGCCCAGUAAACAAGAUGGAACCUAGGCCUCUGCCGAGCUGCUCGCUGCCUCCGCCGUGUCCCACGUUCGCUGCACCCGACAGACCGGUCCCUCCAGAGACUCCUGCAUCCAGGUGCUUCUCUGAAACACCACCAGCGUGGAACCUCUGCUUCCUCGCCCCGCCUCCGCCACUUCCUGAACAUCUCACUGAAAUAUGCCCAGAAUGUUUGGGUUUAUUUGAGCCACAGUCUGAUAAACUUCCUUGGUGGAGUAAGGAUGCCGACUUCCGUAGCAACAGCAGCACCUAGCAACCACAGGAAACAGCGGUUGCCCUGGCAACAGCCUCAGUUGGAAACAUGUCUGUUCUUGAAGCAGCUGCUGAUGUCCCUCCGCACUUAAGUUCCUUUCUAAAACACAACUAAUACAGAGCACGUGCACUCUGAUCAAGUGUGUUCAAACUACAGUUUGGGCUGCGAGUGCUGCUUAAAUCCACCUGCAGGUGGAUGAUUGGCUUUGUUCCCGUCUGAAUGUGCGAGUCAAUAUUUGUGGAGAGGCUUCCUCUCACCUGUCCUGGUGUUUCCCACCGUCACAUGACUCGCCGCUACUGUCUGGCCACAUGAUGGGCUCCCACACAUCAGGCAAACACCAUGAGCUGUUUUCAUUGCUUUGACUGAAAUGAAAUGUUUUGUUUGGGUGAGAUUAAAUAAAUAAAAAGGUAAAAGAAUAAAACUAUGAUGAUGAUGUUAAAUU